AUGUCCCGUUCGUCGAUGUCGGUGGGCUCGUCCAAGUACUCGCACCCGCGUGUGUCGAUAGAGACCUUUGACGACGGCCAGGGGGCCAACAAGGAGACCGUCGAGGCCUGCAAGUUCGUCAACGAGGCCCUCAACCUGCGCGCCAAGUACCUCUUCGUCCCCGCCCAGCCCGUGCACCACGACAGCGGGGAGUCGCUGGACGUGUGGCACGAGCGCGAUUUGGUGAAGCCAGCGCCCGACAGCCCGUUUGCGCAGUACCGCAUCGGUGCCAAGAACGGCAUCAUCCGCGUCUACGCUGAUCAGCAAGCCCUUGACGAGGACAAGCCUCUGGUCGACGUGCACAGCAUUACUGACUACGAGCGCGACUACAACAGGAUUGUGGACAUCACCAACUCGGGACCCAUGAAGACGUUCUCAUGGAAGCGGCUGAAGCAGUUGGACUUCUCGUUCCACUUCCACCGCCUGCUCAACGAAGCCCAGGAGAUCGAAAGCACCCAGAUGGAUGACCCCAAGGACUUCUCCAACGUGGUCAAGGUCGACACUCACAUCCACUUGGCCGCUGCCAUGACCGCCAAGCACCUGCUGACGUUCAUCAAGCGCAAGCUCACGGAAAACCCCAACACGGUGGUCUCUCGCACACCCGACGGCAAGGAGGUGACGCUCAUCCAGACCAUCCAGCACCUGGGCCUCGAAGUGGCCGAUUUCACCGUCGACGCCCUCGACGUGCGGGCCGACAACACGUUCCAGCGCUUCGACAACUUCAACGACAAGUACUCGCCCUUCGGGUUCAGCGAGCUGCGCACCAUCUUCCUCAAGUCCGAGAAUCAGCUGGAGGGCAAGUUCUUCGCCGAGCUCACCCAGGAGACCGCUGAUCGCCUGGAGGAGUCCAAGUACUGCAUGGCCGAGUGGCGAGUCUCCAUCUAUGGCAGGAAAGCCGAAGAGUGGGAUUCACUGGCCAAGUGGAUUUGCGACAACAAGCUCUACAGCGACCACAACAGGUGGAUGAUCCAGGUGCCGCGUAUCUACACCCUCUUCAAGAAGACCAACCAGAUCAAGAACUUUGGCGAGCUCAUUCAGAACGUGUUCCGCCCGCUCUUCGAGGUAUCUGGCUUCGACAGCGUCGACGACGAGUCGCGGCCCGAGCGACAGCUCUGCCUCCGAGCAUUGCCGCAAUCGCCCGAGGCGUGGGACAUCGACGAGAACCCUCCCUACGCCUACUGGCUGUACUAUAUGUGGGCCAACUUGGUCACGCUCAACCGCCUCCGCGAGGCACGCGGACUCAACACCUUCGAUCUCAGGCCGCACUGCGGCGAAUCUGGCGAUGCGGACCACCUGGCCGCGGCCUUCUUGCUCGCCCGAGGAAUCAAUCACGGCAUCAAGCUCCACUCUCGGCCGCCACUCGAAUACCUGUACUACGUGGCACAGAUCGGUAUCGCGGUGUCGCCGCUGAGCAACAACGCGCUGUUCCUGGAGUACAAGAAGAAUCCGUUCAACCGCUUCUUCCGCCGGGGACUCAACGUGUCGCUCUCGACCGACGACCCGCUGCAGUUCCACUACACCCAGUCGCCUCUCAUCGAGGAGUACGCCAUCGCCGGCCAGCAGUGGAACCUGAACUCGAUCGACCUCUCCGAGAUCGCCCGCAAUUCGGUGCUGCAGAGCGGCUACGAGCACCGCUUCAAGGCCAAGUGGCUCGGCCCGCGCUACUACCUACCCUUCACUCAGGGCAACGACAUCAAUUACUCGAACAUCCCGAACAUGCGAGUGCUCUUCCGGGAGGAGACGUUCCACAAUGAACUUCAGUUCGUCAAGGCGUGCUCUGGUUCGCGCACCAAGCAAAGGCCGACGAGGGAGGAUUCGUUCCGUCUGCGGACACAAACGCAGUACUCGAAACUUCACAUCAUCUACCCGCCGGGGCACGAGUAUGCGGGUGGGGAGGAGAUGGUGUGGGCCGCCAAGAUGCUCGCGCAAGCCCUCGCCCUUCGCGCCAAGUACGCCUACGUCAAGCCCUCCCUGAAGGAGCGGGUCAUGGCCGAGCCGCUGCCCGAGCCCUCCGCCGAGACCCUGACAUUGGCCGAAGGAGUGUACCAUGUCGCCGCAAGCGAGACCGCACUUUGCGCCAAUGACCUGGACCAGUUGGCCUUGGUAGAGUGCGCGGACUGCCAGGCCAGCCACUGUCGCGACUGCGAUGCCAUCCUCCACCGGAACCCGCAGAGGCGGACUCACAAGCGCUACGCCAUCAAAGGCGGCGACAGGCAGGGGCAGCUGCUGUACACGGUGCCCUCGUACGCCGAGUUCGUCCGUGACUACCGCCACAUCAAGCACGUCGUUUCCGACCUGGCGGUGUGUCAGUUGGCCGAUCAGCGCCUGCGCCUGCUCGAGGCGCGCUUCGACCUCCACUCGCUGGUCAACACCGAGUACGAGAAGGACGCCAUGAGGGACUUCUACCACGUGGUCAAGGUGGACACACACAUCCACGCGGCGUCGGCCGUGGUCGCCCCCAAGCUGCUGGCCUUCAUCAAGAACAAAUACGCCACCAGCCCCAAUGACAUUGUGGUCAAGAAGGGCGAGGUGACGCUCGAGGCGCUGUUCAAGUCGACGGGCGUCCCGAUCGAGAACUUCACCCUCGACUCGCUGGACACCCACUCCAACCACACCACCUACGGCCGCUUCGACAAGUUCAACAGCAAGUACAACCCCUUCGGCUCGUCUGACUUGCGGACGCUCUUCUUGAAGAAGUCGAACGACGUCGACGGUCGCUACUUCGGCGAACUGCUGCGGCAGGAGCUCGACCAGCUCGAGAAGGGCCGGCACGAGAUGGCCGAGUGGCGCAUCUCGGUCUAUGGCACGUCGCCGAAGGAGUGGAGCCACCUGGCCCAGUGGGUGAUGAACAACCGACUGGUCUCGCCCCACCUGAAGUGGGUCAUCCAGGUCCCGCGUCUCUACCACAUCCUCAAGGAGAAGAACGACGUACACUCCUUCCAGGACAUGCUCGACAACAUCUUCUUGCCUUUGUUCGAGGUGACGAAGAAUCCGUCGUUGGAUCCGGUGCUGCACCGCUUCAUCACUGAACAGGUUUCGGGCUUCGACAGUGUCGACAACGAAGACGUGGCCGAGCGCAAGGACCUCAAGACCUGCCCGGCCGAUCCGCGUCGGUGGGACACCAAGGAGAACCCGCCCUACGCCUACUACCUCUACUUCAUGUGGGCCAACGUGUGGUCCCUCAACAAAUACCGGGAGACCCGCAGCCUCAACACCUUCGACUUCAGGCCGCACUCGGGCGCGGCUGGACCGAUUGACCAUCUGGCGGCGGCCUUCCUGCUGUCCAACGGCAUCACGCACGGCAGCAACCUCAAGCACUGCCUUCCGCUCCAGUACCUCUACUACCUCGCGCAGGUGGGAAUCGCCAUCUCGCCGCUCGGCGAGCAUGCGCUGUACGCCGACUACAGCGAGGGGAUCUUCGUCUCCUUCUUCAAGCGCGGACUCAACGUCUCGCUCUCGACCGAUUGCCCGCUGCAGUUGCACCAGACGCCCGAGCCGCUGGUCGAGGAGUACUCGAUCGCCGCGCAGCUCUACCGCUUGAGCGUGACCGAUCUCUCGGAGGUGGCACGCAAUUCGGUGCUCCAGAGCGGGUUCACGCAUAGCGACAAGGUGCAGUGGAUCGGCGAUAACUACUGGAAGACCGGCAUCGAGGGCAACACGCCGAGCAAGACCAACCUGCCGCACCUGCGCAUUGCGUUCCGAAGCGAGCUGCUGCAGGGCGAGAAGGACUUCAUAGCGCAAGUCAGCCAGAAGGAGAUCACCAACACCACCGAGCUGGCCUUGUCCAGCUCGACGGAAGAGGAGGAGGACGAGGCCAAGGGCACCAUCAAGCCCACGUCGGACCUCCUCCGCAGGGAGACCACCAGCAGCGGCGGCAAGAUGAACCUGCUCCGCAACUCGGCCCGCAGGACCCCGAUCCGCCUGAUCCCCCUCUCCGGACCGAUGGACCACUCCUGCUGA